ACCAGAUUAGUUCAUACCAAUUGAGUUCAGCAAGCAGAUCUGAUGCUCCAAGCUCUUCUUCACUAAAACGUGGUUAAGCAGCAUUUGGCAAGCAAAACCUCACAUUUUUAAAACCUGAAAUUUGAUCAUUGCCACAAUGAAAACUCUGCUCUUAUUGACAAGUGGGCUGUUCUUUCUGUCCUUCUGUUUAUGCCAGAAAGACAGCAAAUGUGACAACAGCAGCCUGGCCUGUCAAAACAAUACAUUGUCCCCUAAGACUUUCCGUGGCACUCCACAAGAUAAUUAUGAGGAGAUUCCUCCUUCUGCCAUAGAAGGGAGGCAAAACACCAAUUGCAACAAAGAAAAUAAGUGCUUUUUAGAGACAUCCAGUGUCUCAGAACUGAAAGUGGACAACACCACGAUCGAGUACCUUACCAGUACCCUGAGUAUGAAACUGAUACCAGCUGUAUACAUUGCCGUUGUUUUAAUAGGAGUACCAUCAAAUGCCAUCAUUCUAUGGAUGCUGUUUUUCAGAAUCAGAUCAGUCCGCACUGCCAUAUUCUACACAAACUUGGCCAUCUCAGAUUUUCUCUUCUGUUUUAUGCUGCUAUUCAAAAUUAUAUACCACCUCAAUGACAACAACUGGAUAUUUGGAGAAGCAAUGUGCCGCAUCACAACUGCCAUCUUCUUUGGUAACAUGUAUUGUUCCACACUACUCCUCACCUGCAUCAGCAUCAGCCGUUAUGUAGCCAUUGUUCAUCCAUUUACUUACAGGAAUCUGCCUAAGCGACCCUUAGCAACAUUAGCCUGUGGGAUAGUAUGGAUAAUUGUCUUCUUAUACAUGUUGCCCCUGGUUAUAAUGAAGCAAAGCUACAAGAUAAAGCAACUAGGUAUCUAUACCUGCCACGAUGUACACAAUAGCUGUGAAACACUGUCACCCUUCCAACACUAUUAUUUCAUCUCUCUGGCAGUAUUUGGAUUCGUGAUUCCUCUUUGUAUUGUUAUUUUUUGUUAUGUUUCAAUUAUUCGAACACUCAAAGCUUACAAACAGAAGUGGCUAUGGUACAUCAAAGUCUGUCUCCUGAUUCUUAGCAUUUUUGCUGUUUGUUAUACACCCAGCAAUGUCAUAUUGAUUGCUCAUCAUGUGAAUUCCUAUUAUUAUUCAAAAGAUAGUCUAUAUAUUUUUUACCCUAUUGCUUUAUGUCUAAGUAGUCUAAACAGUUGUCUUGAUCCAUUCCUUUACUUCCUGAUGUCCAAAUCAAAGAUAAUACCUGUGUUUAACUUACCACAGUUAAAAUAGCCCAGGAGGAGUGAAAUGACACACUUCUCUUUUGCCAUAUUUGACAACAGUUGUAUAUACAUAGUUGUACAUAAUCUUAAUAAAAUGCACUAUUUAUGCUUUCUAUUCUUAUAAUGGCAAGACUCAAAUAAUAU